CGUGGGAAAUGGGUAGGUAGCUAGGUAGUUAGUUAGCCGACGAGUGAGCGCGCGUGCGAGAGCGGCUUUAUCAAUGUCGACGAGUCGUGCAGGUCGUUGUCGCGGUCUAUUCAGCACGUCAAGUUACGUCGACGAAGGCGACUAAUUAGAAACGAAGUGUUUUCGCGAAAGAUUAUCCAUCGCUUCCGUCGCCCUUUUACAGUGUACUCGAAAUUUCUAGUCACCACUGAGGAUCAUGAACAUCUGGCGAAAGCUGACUAGGAUGUUCGGAUUUGUUGGGCGAACGCCACGCCGGCGGAAGGCACGAGUACUAUUCGUCGGGCUAAACAACGCUGGCAAGAGCACGCUGCUGAACCGACUGAAACCGGAUCGCGAACAACUGUCCAGGAAACUGAUCGCGCCUACCGUCGGCUUCACCACCGAUAUGUUCGUAUUCAACAACGUCAAAUUCACCGCCAGUGAUAUGUCCGGCCGUGACGGGUACCGGAGCAUGUGGGAGUCGAUGUACGCGCAAUGCGACGCCAUCGUGUUCGUGGUGGACAGCACGGACCAGAUGCGCUUUGCCGUGGUCAAGGAUGAGCUGGACAUGAUGCUUCGCCACCAGGACGUGGCCGGCCGGCCGGACCUACCCAUACUGUUCGUGGCCAACAAAACGGCCGCGCCGGACGCGUGCGGUGCGUCUGCCUUGGCCGGCGCUCUCAGGCUGCACGAGCACAUGGAAAAGGACCGUCCGUGGCGGCUGGCCAGCACGGACGCGGUGGCCGCACCCGGCCAACCGGCUGAUGAUGGGCUAAGCGACGCCAUGGAAUGGCUGGCGGAAUUGGUCAAGCUCAAUCGACGGCGAUAACGUGUCCUGUUCGCCGCCAAAUCUGUUUGUUGUUUUCACAACAAUCGAAAAAAAUUAAGUGGUCAAUUUUUUUGCCGUUAUUAUUUUUUCAUGAUAUGUUUAUUUUAUUGUUAUUAUUAUUGUUAUUAAUAAUUUAUUAACAUCCGCCGUACACAGAUUCGAAAAUGAUGUUCGUCCGAUUUUCACUAAAAUGUGUUAUAGUUAUUACAUAUUUACAUCACACACAAAACACGUGAAGACUUUGCUCUUUUUAUUUAAACAAAAGUGCUAAUACAUUUUAUAACCUGAAAUCUGAAUUUUUAACCUGGACCAAUGUGAUUAAAUAACCCUGUAUUAAUUCUAAAUAAUAAACUACGAAAUAAAAAAAUAGAUUAUUAAUUAUCGCGUAAGACACUCAUUACCUAUAUCAGAUUAUUGUUUUAUUAACGUUGUAGAAAAUAUUUUUUUCAUAUCAAAUUAAUUCGUUAAAAAGCAACAUUUUUGGAAAAAAAUUGUUUAAGAAAAAAACAAAAAAAUUAUUUACUUAUUUUGAAUGACAAGAUACAUUUUUAAUUUCAUAUUUCAAAGCUGAAUAUUAUUCGGAGUAUUCAAAAUAAAAUGUCGGACAAUUUGUUAAUAUAAUAGUUAUAAGUUUAUAACUUAUAAGUAGCAAUUGUAGUAUAGGUUAAAUAUACUAUAGUAGAUUAAUAUAAUAUUUAAUCUAUGUCAAAAGUUAUCGCAGUCAGAAAUUUAUGACUUACGCCGACGCCCGACACUCACACGUAGUACUUGAUAUACCGUCAUAUACCUAUUGUUAUUCAGUAUACUACACUAUAUUGCUAGAAAACUAUUACUGGCAUCAGUGGCAUCCAGUGUUGAUUCAAUACUGACUUACUACGGAUACCAAUUACAUUUUGAACAUGGGUGCUAACCAGUGUCUCUCGUACUUGUGCCAAGCGUUGGUGCUUGGUGGUAUAAUGAUUAAGAGGACGUUAUAUCCGCAUUUGUCUCUGUUUUACUAAUAUAGAUCAUAUCGAAUUUUCGUUCAGCAGAACACAUUUUAUGAUUUUAGCUUUAAUAUUAAAGUAAAUUUACUUAUUAUCAAAUUUAAAGGUAAAAAUAUUAUCUAGGGCAUUUUAUAGACUUUUAUUGAUAUUUUAAUUUUUAAGUGAGUUAUGGUUAUGUAACAUUAUUACCUUUAAAUUUGAUAAUAGGUAAAUUGACUCUAAUAGCUAACAUUACAAAAUGUGAUCUGCUGAACGAAAAUUUCAUAAUCUAUAUAAGUAAGACUGAGACAACACAUGCGGGUUAACGUCUUCUUAAUGGCACAUUACGGACCUCUUAUAAAUUACUAUAGCUGAUAGCUGAAUUACCCGUCGUUGUCGGGUUUAAGUAUAAAAAUGUAUGUAAUCUGGCAAAAUUAAAUAUUGUUUAUUCUAUUUAAAUAAAAUUGAAUUAAAAUUGUUGAAAUAAUAUUUUAUACUUAUUAA